AUGUGGACGAAUAAGCAACCGACUCGUAGGCUGCCCAGUUACGUGUGCCACUAUUUAUUCUAUCUGACCUCAGAAACAGGUACGCCGAUCUUCACUGCCUGUCCACUUGAGGGUGGAGUAAUCCCAUUUCGGAAGGAGGGAAAUUUCUCCACUCGAACUUCCCGGCGUUCUCCCCGGACUUUCCGCAGUCAACACACAGUUGCAGUGCGUGACGCGGCGCUGCGCACAACUGGUCUCUCGUCGCCUCGCCGCUCUAAUUUUGUACGCCUUUGCGCGGUAAGCGGAGUUGAGGUUGGAAAGCGGCGACAAGCUCAGUCGAGCGGAGACGGGAGAUUCCGAUUUAGCGCCGACAAGCUUCAGCCGGACGGUUUCCGCGCCAGUUCCACAGAGCAGGAAGCUGCAGCAUGA